AUAAUUCUCAUGAUGUCUGUCUAAGCUGCUUUAUAUUGUGCUGUGCUGUGUCUCUUUAAAUGAGGGAGCGUGUGUAAGUGUGGCUGUGGUUGGUUUUCUUCAGCUCUGUCUGUGUUAGUUUUCAUAAUAUCUGAUGGACCCAAGCAACACGCAGCAGGUGCAGUUCAAAACACAGAGAACAUUUUGAGGAAAAAACAAAACAAAAAACAAGCGAUUUACGUUUCUAUAAGCACGCAUAUAACGGGUUUGUCGUAUUCGGAUACCGGAGCAACAUUUUAUUUUUUUCAUCAGUAUGUCAGUGAAGCUUUGAAGAACUUUCUGCUUGGAAACGUCAGGUGUGAUACAGACUACUAGCUAGCAUACCGCCUGGAGCAGCAACACGAAUCAUUGGAUAUACAAACUGGAUGUGACCUCUGACUUAUCCCAAACAAUUGCACGUAGCUCUUCUGAUGUAAAGUGCUUGUUUUGGUCUGUAAUUGUGAUGCGCGCGGAUCUGGCAUAUGCAGCUUUAUUAAGCAAUUCUCUGCGCAGACGGAGCAUCGCAGUCAGUCUACUUCCAGAUGUCCAUCUCUCUCUGCUCGUAACAGGUGGAGCUCGUUUCACUCCAUCUGUCCGCGGCUGAAGGUGGCAUAUAUGGGCAACCAGGUUGACAAACUGUCACACCUAAGUUACGCCGAAGUUCCCACGACCGAUCCUAACGGACUGGACACGGAGGAAGACGGCCCGCGGGUCGGGGUCUCGUACAUUUUCUCCACCGACGACGACGAACUGGACGAUAACCAUCACCAGCCUGUCGAUGGACCGGAGCAGGAAGAAGAGAAGCGCGAGCUGGACUGCGCCGUGUACCACCGAGACGAGUGCAUUUAUGAGAGAAGCAGCAACACUACGGAACUGGAGACGUUCAGCCCGGAGAAUUUAUUGAACAGAUGUAAGCCCGGGGACGUGCUGGAGUUCGUGUGCGCCGGUCAGUACCCGCACUGGGCUGUGUACGUGGGGGACUUCCAGGUGGUGCACCUGCACCGGGCGGAGGUCAAGAACAGUUUUCUGACCGAUGCUAGUCAGGGCAGGAGGGGCAGGAUCGUAAACGAGCUGUACAAAUUCAAACCCCUCAGUCCUGACAUGGUGGUGCAGAACGCGAUGGAGCAGGUGGGGGCCAAAGACAGAGAGUUAAGUUGGAGAAAUUCGGAGGGUUUCGCCGCCUGGUGCAGAUUCGGUAAACGGGAGUUCAAGAUGGGAGGGGAGAUACGGAUAGGAAAACAGCCGUACAGAUUAAAGCUCUUCUUGCCGGACAAACAGUUUCAUGUGCUGGAGUUUCAGAGUUUGGAGGAUUUGAUCAUGGAAAAGAGGAGAAACGAUCAGAUCGGAAAAGCGGCAGUUAUACAGGAACUGGCGCAUCAUUUGAGCAAUAACGGAAGUGAAGCGAACGUUCAUUGACGCGCAACAGGUAGCGGAGAGAAACGUAUCCCAGCAUAACAUGUGCGUGAUUCUCACGAAACCCGUCCAGAACAUUGAAUUCCAAAAUUAAAAUCUAUAUAUUUUUUCUUCCAAAGAAAAUGACAGAACUGGGACACAUUCUGAUUGGUCAACUCAUGUCACUGUUAUGUUCUGUCAUGUCAGGGACUAUAUCUUUCAGCGGAAGGAUGUCACUUACUGAAUUUAAUCACUAAAUAAUAAUAAUAAUAAUAAUAAUAAUAAAAACGUUUCAAUAAUAAA